GUGGCCUAGCACCUUGUGGGUGGAGCCAGAAGACGGAACUUUCUGAGAGUUUUAUUUAUUGUUUACAUUUGGGAACAAAGCAGUGGCAUGUUGCCAGAGGAGUUCGUCCGUCGUCUCAACGACAGGGAGUAUAUAAACUGGGUGAAAGCGGGACGAUGUCUGGUGAUUCUGAAGGAAGGUCUGCUUCCCCACACCAACCAGCUCACGAGAGCUUUCCACGGAGACCUGCUCAAUCAAAGCAGCCUGCUGCGGAAGCCCUGCCAGACGUCGUCGUGUAAAUCCAAAGGGAACAAGCUGUUGUCGCCAUGCAGAGGGUGCACUGAGUGGCAGACAGUGAUCCUGAAACACCACAGGCAGCCUGAUGCCACUGUGAACUGGGACAACUGCUCCCCCCCAUCCUGGAGGACAGACCACUGGGAACUGGCCAAGGCUUACAUGCCACGGGGUCAGGGCAAAAAGGGGGCGAAUCAGUGUGACGCCUCAGCUCUUCUCAACUUGAUCAACUACUGUGAUUGUUUCCGGUCUGUGGAUCCAAAAUUAGUGCGUGAGGUCAUUCGAUACAGGAACGAGUUGAUGCAUUCUUGUGACCUAUGUGUUAAGGAUGAAUGGAUGAGACGGUACCAGACCGCUCUGAAAAGCUUCAUGCAACAGUUCAGCCACGUAUCGCAGAUGACCACAGCUGCAAAACAAAUAGAGGAGAUGCUCGCUCUUGAUUUGUCAAUACGGAUAUCUGAUGUGGACCAAAUAGACUCGGCUCACCUGGAAAGUUUACAGACUGAUUCUCUGAGCCAAUGGGAGAGCAAGGCCAAUUUUAUCAGCCAAUGGGAGGCUGAGCUGCUACAAGAAAAGCUGCAGGAAUUGCUGUUGGAUGUGGAUGAUGUAAAGACACAGGACACUAGAGUGAAGAGUCUGGGUACUUUCCUGCAGGCCAACAGAGAUCUGGGUGAGAGGUUUUCAGCCGAGCUCAGAGUCAUUGAGGCGAGAGAAUAGGAAGAGGUGAAAAUAGGAAGUUGAUCAAAGUUCAACCGUUUGUAAUGAACUACAGGCACUUUAGAGGAAAUAUAUGUUAAGAUGGUGGCAUGUUUCAGUCUUUCACUUAAAAUGAUUAUCAUUAAACAGCCACAGGGAGGUGAUGCAGACCCUUCUCACUAGCAGGGAGCAGGUGAAAUGAAAACAUCUGAACAGCUCAGUGAAGCAACAGGCUGAAAUACUAAUACAAGAAAUACUGUAGAAACACUGAAUGCUAUGAUUUGAUGUGUCUACUUCAUAUGGAGUAGCUGGUUCAAAUGCACAUUAACGAUGUAUCGUCUGGAAUUUACUCUCUUUUAAUAUGAAAUAAGGAUCGUUUGUAUUAAGCAUUUAAUUUCCAAAUAACACCAGUGUGCCUGUUAAAUGUUCGGUCUGUAUUGUCUUAAAUGAAUUCUUUCUGAAAUGUAGCAGAAUAAAUAAAUAACAGGGAACAAUU